AUGACAGUUUCCAAGUCAGGCGGUGCUUCUAAGAAGCUGGGUCCGAUCAGUACCGGCAGUAAGAUCGUCCGCUUCGAUGUCCCGAACCUCACUCGCCGCUUCACGGUGCAUGAGGACGUCAUAUGCCGCACUUCCAAAGUCUUCAAGGCUCGUUUCCAGCAGCGGCGGAAGGAACUCACAGCAGAUUGCUCCAUAUGCUUUGACGACCUCAACGCGGUAGUUCAAGAAAUCAGCUUUUGCGAUACGUGCGGCCAGAACUUCCAUGAAGACUGUACCAAAAAAUGGACAGCGGACCGGAUCCGAACCUAUCAGCAAGCGACCUGUCCUAUGUGCUGUGGGGCAUGGGCAAACAAGAGCUUGUCGGAUCUCGAGCGCUUGCGGAUUGAUCAGGAGCUCGACGGUCAGGCGGUCCAGUCCUACCUUGACUGGCUCUACUCCAGAACGGUCAGGAUCGAUGUCUCAAUCUCCCGCACUGGCGAUGCUUUCAAUCUCGCCCUACUAAGGUGCUGGAAGGUCAGCAGCGCUGUGCAAGAUACAACGUUUCGAGAUGCCAUCAUCGCCACUUUCUUCACUGAGGCAAAGACUCACUUCUGGAACGAGAGCAUCGAGUUCGCAUUCGGCGACAAAGAGAAGCUGGCUGCAGAUAUGAGGAACUUUGUUGUUGAAGUUUUCAUGACCAGGAUGGAGUCGGGUUGGUUCGAGGGUCAGAGUGACGAAUGGCCAAAAGCGUUCGUAAAAGCACUGGCGGACAAGAGCUUGGAGAGGGCACUGGCUAACAAGAAAGACUUCGAAGACCUGAAGGCGAUGUAUAUGGGUACUGAUACGGAGGAUCGCGAGGCCUCAAUAGUCGCGGAGGAGAAGAAGUCUAAUCACGCAGCCGAGGAACCCGACGAUUCCAUCUACGGUAAAAGCACCCCCUUCAAGCGCCAGAUUUACAAGAGGAAGCGUCCACCUUCCCACCUAGAUGCAGAACUUGAGGCCUUGCGAGCUGCUCGCGAAGCGGAUGAAGACGAUUCCAGGAAGAAGAAGGGAAGUGCUGAUGUUGUCGACAGGACAGCGAACAAUGACAGCCGCAUCAAUAAUGUUCCACCUCCCAACUCUAUUCUGGCAAAUCCACUCGUCUUGAGGAGGACAAGCAAUGCGUUCUACCCCACACCACAAUGGCGAAGAUGGGGGAGAUGUGUUCGAAAACACCGAGCGGCCAUUUCGAUGCUGCCCGCCAACAUGCUCGCAUUUCUAACAGGCGGUCGACCUGUAACCGUGCCCUUUCGGCCACUAUAG